CCGAGAUGUUUGGUUGUGAUAUUGCCAAUUAUAAGGAUAAUAUAGUAAGACUCCAGCGUCAUUCACUCAUCAAGGCCGGAUCCCUCCUUCCAGGGCCCUUGACUAUCCAUGAGAAUGCGCUGGCACGCUUCCUUAUGGCCAAGGGUACAACUGACUUGGCCGAUCUUACGACCAAAGAUGAAAGACAGGGAAGAUUCUUCUUUGGCUUUGAAGUUGAUCUUCCGUGGGAUGAGACACUACUUCUGGUAAGUGGUAUCUGGGCUGCGUUCGGGUUGAUAAGGAUACGGACUGGAAUGUCUGGAAGUAGGGCAUGCUAAAUGAGCAUGGCCACGACGCACGCUUGAAGUAAAUCCUUGAUAGACUUGGAGUUGGC